AUCAUAUUACCUGCUGUCACAUUUGAGCUGGGUUUCUUUGUGAUGGAUUCAACACCCCCAUAAAGAGUCACAGAUUUAAUACCAAAAGAUCCAAAAUGACUGAUUUCUAAAAGGGAAAACGGGAGUAGGUGUGGCUGAGGUGUGAGCUGUCUGGGUGACCGGUCACUGUGAUGACGCACACGCAGGGAGGGAGAGCAGGAGAGAGAGAGGUGCUCCGCUCUCAGCAUCACGUCUCCUCAGUGAGCCUCCUGCUCUGUGACGGAGGAGCAGCUCCCCGUCUCCUCUCCGACGCCGGAAGCUCUCAGUUGUGACGCUGAUGGAAGAUUUAAAUUCUGGGUCCGGAGCUCCUCACUGAGGACACGCGCGUAAUUUUCUGUGCGUCCUCGCAGCGCCAUGCCGCUCUUCCUCGUCUGACCUCCUCGCUCUCCUUCUUGGAUGAACUUUCUCGCUGCCUGCGGGGACGCGGCCGCUCGCUCCGAGAUCAUGAAGACGACGCGGAAAUGCCGCGCGCUGCUGUCGGUGGGUCUGAACCUGGUGGCCCUGUUCUUCUCCACCACCGCCUUCAUCACCACGUACUGGUGCGAGGGCACCCAGCGCGUCCCCAAGCCCAACUGCAGCAAGCAGCGGCACCACAACUGCAUCGACUACGGCGUGAACGAGACGGACCAGAACAAAGUGCACUACAGCUGGGAGACCGGGGACGACCGCUUCCUCUUCCGCCGCUUCCAUACGGGCAUCUGGUACUCCUGCGAGGAGAACAUCCACGAGUCAGGUGAGAAGUGUCGGAGCUUCAUUGAUUUGGCCCCGGCAUCGGAGAGAGGCGUGCUGUGGUUGUCCGUGGUGUCCGAGGUGCUCUACAUCCUGCUGCUGGUGGUCGGCUUCAGCCUCAUGUGUCUCGAGCUUUUCCACUCCAGCAACGUCAUCGACGGACUCAAACUCAACGCCUUCGCCGCCGUUUUCACCGUGCUGUCCGGUCUUCUGGGUAUGGUGGCCCACAUGAUGUACACCCAGGUGUUCCAGAUCACAGUCAGUCUGGGUCCUGAAGACUGGAGGCCUCACAGCUGGGACUAUGGAUGGUCCUUCUGCAUGGCGUGGGGAUCCUUCACCUGCUGCAUGGCCGCCUCUGUCACCACCCUCAACUCCUACACCAAGACUGUGAUCGAGUUCAGACACAAGCGGAAGCUCUUCGAGCAGGGCCUGCGUGAGGAGCAGAACUACCUGGACCAGGAAGCUUUCCACUACUUCCGGGACCGUUCACUCCAGUCCAUCUCCAGCACCGUGGAGGUCUACCCCGGCCACAGCGGCACCAGAGCCGGGCUUGUUGUCGGGGGGCCCGGCGCGGGCCCCGGUCCAGGUCCCGGACCGGGACGCGGGAAGAUGAGAGCGGGGUCUGCCUCAAUAGACUUGGGGGAGAACACGGACUCACUGGGGGAGGAGCAGUGCUGAGUCACACAUUGGAAUGAGGGGAUUGACUGGGUUGGGGGCGUGGCUACACGAUGAGGUGAACUGCACCUUCACAUGUGGACCCGGCCGCUAGUUUGUCCACUGUAACUGAAAGCAGAGGCAGAACUUAUUUUCUGUUUUAAGAGGACAACUAAAAGGCAGAUUAAACAUGGAUUACAAAAAGAAAAUACAAAUGUUCUCGCUGUGUGUGAAGUGAAAGUCAGUGUAAAGUGUGAGAAAUAGACUGUGGGUGAAAGUAGGCGUUCUCCUGCUUAUUUUGAGGUGCUGUGUGUAGUAUUUUAACAUCAAUACAUCGUCACAGUUUUGAAAAAUGGUGAAAGCCUUUGCUGAAUAGCGACCCUUGUAGCAAGAAGCGGAAAUUACGGUGGCCCUGAAGUCCAAAACACAGAAGUAUUUCAGAAAAUACAAGAAUGUUUUCAUUAAGGUUUCUUCUUUGUUACCAGCAAACACCCUUGAACAUCCUUCUUGGACUUUCUGGCAAACACAAUUAUGUGUCCGCCAACUGUUUAAUAUUAUCCAUGUAAAAUAAAAAAAUAUAUUUUUAUUUAUUUAUUUAUUAAAUAAAAGAUUCUUGGGAGGAAUUAAAGAAUUACAUUAAAAUUAUAAUAAUUAAAAAAACAUUAUGAAUAAUUUAUUAAUCAUUUAUAUCAAAUUAAUUAAGAAUCAAAUGUAAUUGUGUUUAAAACUAGAUUUCUGAUUACGCCGCAUCCCUCCUGAAGGAGAUGGUAAAACAUGACUGUUCGUGGAACUUUUUUUUUUAAAAAUCCAAGAAAAAUGAAUAUUAUCAAACUGUUGCUAUGAAAUGUAUGAACAGCUGCAUACCCUGUUAUUGGACUAUACACAGUAUAAACGUUAUUUGUGGUGUCUUCAGCAGUAACGAUAAUUUAUUCACAGUUAAUUUUUGUGUGUGUAUGUGUGUGUUUUGCACCUCAGGGCCACCGUAGAGGAACAGCAAUAUCUAAUUUAGCUAACAUUAGCCACAUAUGCUACUUGUCAUAUCAGACCGAGUUGUACUGCUGACGUGCUCGAGCAUGUUUGUCCCCCGAGUCCACUUCGAUGGAGUGCGAUCACUUUGCAGUUGGGAUGGUCGUGAUUUUUAAAUAUUCAAAUAGUCAUUAAAAUAUUUAAAAAACGCAAAUAUGUUACACAACUUUCUUGUCUUAAAAUUGUUUUCAACAGACACAACUGAUGCAGUUUUAGAAUAAUUACUACUCAUUAUUUGUUACAUUUUUUAAAAAAUGUAACAAAUAUGUUACUUAAUUACUGAUUUCUUAUCACUUUCUUUGUUGUGGGUGCUGGGCUGUGAACACACUUUACACCACAGGCAGUAUAAAGAUGAACGUAGUUACUGUGACACCACCUGUUGGUUUUUGAAGACAGAGAGGAGGUAUUCCUAAUACAGAAGCCCCGCCCACCUGUUGUUCAAAUCUUCUUUUUUUGGUUUAAAAGUUUGUUUCAGAUCUAUGAUGGGCGGGGCUGAGUCAUGCAAAGCUGCUGUAGUAGGGUCCAAUGAGCAGAAACAGCCACGCUAAAUAUGCAAAACAAUAUUUUGAGUUCACUCCUUCCUGUGUUAACAGAUGAUAAAUCAUUAAACUACAUCAUCCCAGCCACAUUUAUUUGGCGCAGUAGUGAACAAGCCUGCAGUAGACAUGCUAUUAGAUUAACACACUGGCUUUGUAGCUCAUGUGAACUCUCGAUUUUCCAGGUCAAAUCAGUCCCUGGAGAAUCUCCCGGGAAAGCAAGACUGCCAACCGAUCAAGCAUGCUCCAAGCCAUGCUUCUUUGUGAGCCUCGGUAUCUCUUAUCUGAUGUAGUCUGCAGAAAGAUGAGGCAAAGUUUAGCGAGAGAGAAACACAGAAACUGUGGGAAAUCAAGAAAAGCUGGCCUCAGGACAGGAAGCAACAGAGAUUAUGAUUAUUUUUGGCCUGAGUCAGAUUAAAAUGAAAUACCACACGUUGCACUUUUACAGGUCGUGUUCAGGCCACAUCCUGUUGCUGACGCUGAAUGUGGAGCUGGUGUUUAAACUAAAAUCUUGAGCGCUGAGGGUUCAGUCCAGUCUUCUUUCAUUUCUUUGCCUCCAUCAACCACCAGCUUCCAGGACUGACAAAAGAAGCCACUGAAGAAGACCUGCAGUUUCUUGAGUCAGUGUUUGCAGAUACAUGUGUUAAAAUCUCCAACUUUACUGCAGUAAUGCACAUGUAACCCAGGCUUUAGGCUGAUAAAUUAGUCCUCCACCAUCUGAUCCAAAUGCGGCAACUUCUGGUCCCCAAAACAGUCCACAAGUUGCCGACAUUCACCUUUUUUCGAUACACAUGAUUUAAAAAAAAAAAGGUGCUUUAUUUUACUUAUGAAUUAAUGCACUCUAUUAUUUUUACUAAUUACAUUUAUUUUUCCAAAGAAAUUCUCAGUUGAAUGUUAACAUGUUAAAUUUCACUAGGAAACACUUUAUGGAUAAAGAUCUACUGGGUAAAAGAAGCAAGGAAACACGAU